CAGGAGGCCCUGGUGCACCCACACUCAUAUGCAUAUUCUGCCUCUCUCUCUCUCAAAUCUUUUUUUCAAAAAGAAUUUGGGCUCUAGAGUUUCUCUCCAAAAGACAAGGGAGCCAGAGAGAGUCCCUCACACUCAAAGCUCCUCCCCAACAGCAUCUUGAGUGGGAAUCUUAAUUCAUUUAUUCAACAAAUUCCUGUUUAGCCCCUGCAGUGUGCCACGGCCUGGACUGGACAGCAGGCCCAUGAUUUCCAGGAACAGUGCAACUGAGAACAUAAUUCACUAGCCCAAGAUGAUUCAGCCUGUCCCUGUGAAACAGAUUGGGUGAUUUCCAAACCCAUGGUUCAGCUAGGUCAGAGGGAUUCAUGCUCUGCUUUGGAGGAAGCACCCUGAUCCUGCUGGAUAGAUUCAGGGAGCAGCACUGGAAAACUUCCAGAAGACCCCAGGGGCUGUUGAGGGCAUGAGGGUGGAGUCAGUUGUUGAACCAACACUGUGCCAUGGGAGCAGUGCAGAGGUGCCUACUAGUCUUGGGAGUUUUUUGAUCUUACCAAAUUAGUGAGUCUCUGCAGAGACCAGUGCCACCCUAUGCCCAGGGAUGGAGAGCCUAGCUUUCUUGGUCCUGUCUUCUCUCAUUUGCACCCUAGGUAGUUCUGUCUGCGGGUGGUCUGGUUGGCCUGUCCCUGGGGAAGUCUGGGGAAAUGCUUCCAGAUCUACCGCAUGAUGCCUACUGGCUGUAUCUCCUUCCAGACCCUGGAGGGUGUGUCAACUCCCCUAGGAUACAAGCAGGCAUUACCAUGGCUGCCCAGGACAGAAACAAUAGCUUUGCACACAACUUUAAUCCACCCCCAGACCACGCCUCCUUGCUCCCUUUCAACUUCAGUUAUGGUGAUUAUGACCUCCCUUUGGAUGAGGAUGAGGACUUGACCAAGACCCGUACCUUCUUCGCAGCCAAGAUCAUCAUUGGAGUGGCACUGGCAGGCAUCAUGGUUGUCUGUGGCAUUGGCAACUUUGUCUUUAUUGCUGCCCUCGCCCGCUGUAAGAAGCUGCGCAACCUCACCAACCUCCUUAUUGCUAAUCUGGCCAUAUCGGACUUCCUGGUGGCCGUCAUCUGCUGCCCCUUUGAAAUGGACUAUUACGUGGUGCGCCAGCUAUCCUGGGAGCAUGGUCACGUGCUCUGUGCCUCCGUCAACUAUCUGCGUACAGUCUCCCUCUAUGUCUCCACCAAUGCUCUGCUGGCCAUCGCUAUAGACAGAUACCUUGCCAUUGUCCACCCCUUGAAACCACGGAUGAACUAUCAGACAGCCUCCUUCCUGAUCGCAUUGGUCUGGGUUGUGUCCAUUCUCAUUGCCAUCCCAUCUGCCUACUUCACCACAGAAACCACCCUUGUUAUUGUCAAGAGCCAGGAGAAGAUCUUCUGUGGCCAGGUCUGGCCAGUAGACCAGCAGCUCUACUACAAGUCCUACUUCCUGUUCAUCUUUGGCCUUGAGUUCGUGGGUCCUGUGGUCACCAUGACCCUGUGCUAUGCCAGGAUCUCCCAGGAGCUCUGGUUCAAAGCAGUCCCUGGGUUCCAGACGGAGCAGAUCCGCAAGCGACUGCGCUGCCGUCGGAGGACAGUCUUGGUGCUCAUGUGUAUCCUGACGGCCUACGUGCUGUGCUGGGCACCCUUCUACGGUUUCUCCAUUGUGCGUGACUUCUUCCCCUCCGUGUUUGUAAAGGAGAAGCACUUCCUCACCGCCUUCUACAUGGUUGAGUGCAUCGCCAUGAGCAACAGCAUGAUUAACACCGUGUGUUUUGUGACCGUCAGGAACAACACCAUGAAGUGCUUCAAGAAGGCUCUGUUGCUCCCCUGGCAUCCUUCUCCCCAUGGGAGCAAGUCCAGCGCUGACCUUGACCUCAAAACCAGCGGGAUGCCUGCCACUGAAGAGGUGGAUUGUAUCCGGCUAAAGUGACCUGCUGUUGUCUCACAAUUGAAAACCCAAAUCCAGUACUCAGAGCACCAUGCACUAUCAAGUUCACAAGAUGUAUGGGAAAAGACAACUGUGUUCAUGCCAUUCUGCCCUUAAGUACAUGACUGCUUUAAGUCAUUCCAUGCACUGAAGCGAGAGGCAAGUCACAGCAGCAUCUGAUGACACUAGACAUAACAGGUGGUACCUGAAGUGGACUGAACGCCUUUUGUCCACAAACCACACCAAGGGAUGACUUGAGGACUAGAGACGCUGACAUUUACUGAUUUCUUGCUGUGUGGGUAAACAUUUGAAGACUAAACAAAAUGGCAGAAGCUGCUGGUGAUAUCAAGCAAGAUCUACUAUCCAGAUAGUUAGAAAGAAGUCCUGCGUGGCUAGCCAGACUCAUACUCCGUGUUCUCAUCAUCUGUACCUUGACUGCAUGGGAUGUUAAAGGCAAUGGAAUAUGGCAUCACAGUAGAAAUGUAAGGAUGAGUCCAUCAGGACAGAGCCUACAGCCUGAUAUGAAGAGAGUUCAUGUACACAAUUGAUCAUGCAAUUCCUACUAUCUUCUGAGAUUUUUCUGUUUGUUUUUUGAGGUAGGGUCUCACUCUAACCCAGGCUGACUUGGAACUCACUAUGUAGUCUCAGCAUGGCUUGAACUCAUGGUGAUCUUCCUACCUCUGCCUCCCAAGUGCUAGGAUUAAAGGUGUGCACCACCACACCCAGCCUUCCUGAGAUACUUUCUAGGAUUCCGGCUGUCUGAAAAGUUUUUUGGUUUUUGUUUUGUUUUGUUUGUUCGUUUCAGCAAGACCAGCCUGAUCAAGUUAUCUUCAGUGGUAUAAUUUCAAAGGAAAGAACCAAAAGAUGUCUUUACCACUGAGGAUUCAUUAUACUGAGUCACAGUAUAUCCAGUACGGGAUCGUUCAUUGUGAAGGAUCUCAGGGACUCUGGGGUCAAGGAAGAAGGGGACAGAAAAAGAGACAGUGGUUGACACUGGUAAUGGACAUAAUCUGUAUGGCCAUUUGCUAAAAUUUGGACUACUUUCUAGAAUAUACUUUCUCUUACAAAAGGAGCUCUACUUGGAAUCCAAAGUCCUGAAUUCAAGUCAACUCUAGGGGCUCACAUGACAUAGAUAUUCCCUGUCAGUGUGUCUUAGUUUUGCUUUAAUGAAAUGGAGAUAAUGAACACAUUUGCUCUGCCUGCCUUGGAACCACUGGGAGAGCCCACUGAGGUCAUGAUAUGUGAACAUGCUUUUCCAUUCUAACAUGCUGAGAAUGACUAAGUGAUACUGAGUAGCUUGUUGAAGGGAGUUUGGAGAAGUCAUCCACUGUGGUGUAUCAUGGUUUAUCAUCACCUUUCAUGCUUGUUAUUUGGACCAAAGACCCAGAACUCAUUUUAAGGUAGCACAUCUGCACAGGAACAUAAAGGCAUUGCUGCCCCAGGGUAUAAUUAGGAAAAUACAAUUCCUAGACUUGCAGCCUCUGUAUGGUCUUAGAAGUGUUGACAGUCUUCCUGGCAUGUCAUCAGCAUACCCCAGGGCUACAUAAACAUGAUUUCUGAAUCCAUUUGAA